GCAUCCCUCGUCUGCCUCCUCCCUACCCCCGGGCUUGACGGUCCGAGUGGAACCACAGGACGACUCCAGUCUCCCCGGCCCGUGGCCGCCACCCGCGAUGGCGCUGCUGCGCGCGCUCGUCUGCUGCCUGCUGGCCGCCUGGCACGGCCGCCCCGGCCUCGGGCUGCCCCUGGCCCCCGCGGGCGGCCGCAGUCCCGCUCCGGCGCUGGGACAGUUUUGGCAUGUGACUGACUUACACUUAGAUCCUACUUACCACAUCACAGAUGACCACACGAAAGUGUGUGCUUCCUCCAAAGGCGCAAACGCCUCCAAUCCUGGCCCUUUUGGAGAUGUUCUGUGUGAUUCUCCUUAUCACCUUAUUUUGUCAGCAUUUGAUUUUAUUAAAAAUUCAGGACAAGAAUCAUCUUUCAUGAUAUGGACGGGGGAUAGCCCUCCUCAUGUUCCGGUGUAUGAACUCUCAACAGACAUAGUCAUAAAUGUGAUUGCUAAUAUGACAACCACCAUCCAGAAUCUCUUUCCAAAUCUCCAGGUUUUCCCUGCACUGGGUAAUCAUGACUAUUGGCCACAGGAUCAACUGCCUGUAGUCACCAGCAAGGUGUACAAUGCAGUAGCAAACCUCUGGAAACCCUGGCUGGAUGAAGAAUCUAUUUACACGUUAAGGAAAGGUGGCUUUUAUUCACAGAAAGUUUCAACUAAUCUGAACCUUAGGAUCAUCAGUCUAAACACUAACUUGUACUAUGGCCCAAAUAUCAUGACCCUGAAUAAGACUGACCCAGCAAAUCAGUUUGAAUGGCUAGAAAGCACACUGAAGAUCUCUCAGCAAAAUAAGGAGAAGGUGUACAUCAUCGCACAUAUCCCAGUGGGGUAUCUGCCCUAUUCAAUGAGCACCACGGCAAUGAGAGAAUACUAUAAUGAGAAAUUGAUAGAAAUUUUUAGAAAAUACAGCAAUGUCAUUGUGGGACAAUUUUAUGGACACACUCACAGAGAUAGCAUCAUGAUUCUUUCAGAUAAAAAAGGAAGUCCAGUAAAUUCUUUGUUUGUGGCUCCUGCUGUUACCCCAGUGAAGAAUGUUUUAGAAAAACAGACCAACAAUCCUGGUGUCAGACUAUUUCAGUAUGAUCCUCGUGAUUAUAAAUUAUUGGAUAUGUUGCAGUAUUAUUUGAACCUGACAGAUGCUAAUCUAAAGGGAGAAUCCAACUGGCAGCUGGAGUAUAUCCUGACCCAGACCUAUGACAUUGAAGAUUUGCAGCCAAAAAGUUUGUAUGGAUUAGCUAAACAAUUUGCAGUUCCAGACAGUAAGCAGUUUAUAAAAUACUACAAUUACUUCUUUGUGAGUUAUGACAGCAGUGUAAUUUGCAAUGGGAAAUGUAAGGCCUCUCAGAUUUGUGCAAUUAUGAAUCUUGAUCAUGUUUCCUAUGUAGAUUGCCUCAAACAAUAUUAUAUAAAGCACAAUCCAUAGUAUUUCACAGUUUGUGUUCAUAGAAAACGUGACGUUGCUCUGUUUCUGAGAUCGGUUUGUGGGAAUUGUUACAUAAAUCUUUGUGAGUUACUGAUUGAGCAAGCAGAAUUACUCCUGUCUUUGCUUUCGUUUUUAUGAUACCCAAAUCUAUAUUUUUAUGAUACCCAAAUCUAUAUUUUUAACCUUCAAAAUUUUUAUUAUAUUGUAUAUAUGUAAACUGCCCAUUACUAGAAUGAUGUUUGGAUGUAAAUACCCUAUCUUCCAGUUUGUAUAAUUAUAUCUAAUUUAUACUCUUGUUGAAAUUGUCAUUUAUACAAUAAAGCAAAUGAUUUCUUCCUAA